AUGCGCAUCCCCAGCCUUUCGCUCUGGGCUUCUCUCGCAGCUCUGUGUUUUGGAGCACAUACUCCAUGGGAUCUAGGUAAUGGCUUUGAACUUACGGUAAAUGAGAACUCCAAUGCUUUGACCAUUGCCAACCAUGGUCGAUCCAUUUGGGAGUCUGUACCGGGUCAGGCAUUCCUCAGUGCUAGCGCAGGAAAUGACGAGGUGAUCGCCGCCAAUGGUAACUUCAAGAUCAAUGAAGUAGACCGAAACAAGUGCACUGGCCAGAAGAUAAGCGACGUUGCUAUUAGGUCGUGGCACGAUAGCAAGGAUGGUCAUGCUGCAGUGGUUCAGGGUCAUCUCACCGACUGUGGUGAUGCCACUCCUCAUUUCUCUGUUGCUUUCUGGGUCCCAUCGCAAUUUCCCGAUCGAGUCGCCUUCAGUGUCAAAGUCGACCCUGGAACUUCCGCAGAUACGGCAACAAAGCUAUACCUGACAUACCGCUCUUCUUCAUCUGAGGAUUUCUACGGAUUCGGUGCUCAGGGAUCGUUCGCUUCUUUCAAAAACCAAACCGUGCCCAUUUUCUCACGCGAGCAAGGUGUCGGUCGCGGCGACCAGCCAACAACCCGACUUGAAAAUGAGGACAGCUUCUUUGCCGGAGGAGAUCAGUUCACAACAUACACCGCAGUCCCACAGUAUAUCAGCUCGAAAUCCCGGGUGUUCCACCUAACAGAAGAGAGCUCUGCCUACACUACCUUCAAUCUCACCGACCCUGCUGCUGUCACUGUGCGAUAUGGUGCCCUGACAAUGAGCGGCUACUUUAUGCAAGCCGAGAACAUGCUCAACGCUAUUUCUGUGCUUACCGAUUAUACCGGGAAGAUGGCCGCGCUGCCUGAGUGGGUUGACACCGGGGCCGUGCUUGCUAUUCAAGGCGGGCAAACCAAGGUGGACCGGAUCGUGAACCAAGGCCUGGAACUUGAAUGUCCUAUUGCUGCAGUCUGGCUCCAAGAUUGGUCUGGCACACACUCCCAGAGCGUGUCCUAUAUGUCGCUGAAUGUAUCUCGUCUUUGGUGGAACUGGGAAUCUGAUAAAACACUUUACCCGGAAUGGAACGAGUUUGUGCAGUCCCUGCGGGAUCAGUACAACGUCCGUACUCUGGCGUACAUAAAUCCAUUUUUGGCGAACGUCAGCACAAAGCCUAAUGGCUACCGCACGAACCUUUACGACGAGGCAAGCCACGGUCAUUUUACGAUCCAAAACUCCACCACCAAUAGCACAUCCGUCAUUUCCAGUGGCCCCGGCCUUGAUGCUGGUAUUCUUGACCUUACCAACAUCGCAGGACGAUUGUGGUUCAAGAAAGUCAUGCUGGAUCAAGUUUGGAGUGCCAAUAUCUCUGGAUUCAUGACGGACUUUGGCGAAUACACCCCUAUCUACCCCGACACCCAGUUUUACAAUAAGAGCAUUGAUCCAUUCUUCUACCAUAAUGCCUAUCCCCGCGAGUGGGCUGCCCUGCACCAGUGGAUUGGAAAGAAUGUGUCUUCGUUCUCCGACGCCAUCCUAUUCCACCGCUCAUCCUCAAUGGCAGCUAACCGGCAUAUGAACCUAUACUGGGCAGGCGACCAGAAUACAAACUGGGGCCUCAACGAUGGAAUCAAGGCCGCCGUGACUGUCAUGGGCCAUAUGGGUCUGUCCGGUUAUGCCCACGGGCAUAUGGAGAUUGGUGGAUACACAACUACCUGGGACGGUAAUGGUGUUGUCAACCGGUCUUCUGAACUGCUCGGUCGCUGGGGUGAACUUGCCGCCGUCUCGAGUGUAGUCUUCCGUACUCACGAGGGCAACGUCCCCCAUGUCAACGCCCAAUUCUACACUAACUCUACCACCUACUCUUGGUUCAGUUACAACGCGCGCAUGUUUGCCAGCCUGGCGAGAUAUCGUCGUCGUGUCUUGGAAACCGAAAGCAGAAACCUGGGCUGGCCACUGCUCCGUAUGCCUGUCCUCUAUCAUUCGGAUGACGAGAUCGCUAAGGCAAUUAGCUACCAGAGCUUCUAUCUGGGCUCUGAUCUGUAUGUCGCACCGGUGCUGGACCCAGGCCGCACUAGUGUGGAGGUUUACCUCCCUGGUAAGAAUGAAGUUUUCACCCACGUUUGGUCUGAUAUGAAGUACCGUGGGGGUCAGACUGUGUGUGUCUCCGCACCGUAUGGUAAACCGGCGGUGUUCGUCGUUGGUACUCCGAAAAACAAUGAUUUGGAAGAUUUCCUGCAGUUUGUCCGCCAGGAGAAUGGCACCGUUAUCCACUUCUAG